AAGAAAAAAAAAAGAAACAACUGGUCUUUGGUCAACUUAUGUUGUGACCUGCAAUUAAUUUAAUGAGCUGUAAUUAGAAAUGGACAGAACGGAAGAAUAAAUUCCCCAGCGUAAUAAACGCAUGCGUGUGAAUAUACAAAGUUAGUUAGGGCAAGAAAACUUUAUAACUGGUUGGAGGUACACCGAAUGAGGAGGUUGAACGAACACCGGUCAAACAAGAGGGCCCCACUAGGUAAACUAUAUUGCUAAAAAUGUCACAUAUGUCAAUGGAUCUAAUAAUAUCAAUCCGCCUUUGAGCAGUCGUCACAAUCAUUCAAGGCUACAUAGACGACACGAUAACGCGUUGAUCCAUAUAUUUUUCAACUCCCAAACAGUAAAAAAAAUUAUAAUUAUAUCUUCGUUCGGGCACAGGACUAACGGUACAAUGAGAACCCAAACAGCGCAGUGAGAGAAAGCGUAGAGGAUUUCCAACAGAGUGAAAGCAAGCGUCGCAUAGUACGGACGACAACAUAACCUCAAACAUGUCGGUCGCCAUCGCAUCUGCAGCCAUUUUAACAACCGCCGCGGCUGUUUACUGGUUCUUAAAUAGACAUAAACCAGUGAAACAUAUCCUGAGUGAAUUGAGAUACACUAUAGACAUGCAAGGAGCCGGCGUUGGUGGAUUAAUCGAUGACUGGGUAAAUAUACGACGGAACAAAAUAGUGUUGCCAGAUGCGAGCAGGAAAAUCGCCGUUGUGACCGGAGGAGCUCGCGGUAUCGGCGCCGAAGUGGUACGAGGACUACUAAAAGCUAACAUGAAUGUUGUCAUCGGAAUUAGAAAACCAGAAUUAGCGCAGACACUAUCGGAAACUAUGGAGAAUGGACAAAACUUAACAGUGUUUCAACUGGAUUUGCAGUCGUUAAAGUCAGUGAAGCAGUUCGCGGAAAAUGUUUUAAAGAAAUAUCCAGCUAUUCAUAUUCUUGUAAACAAUGCAGGAAUAAUGUUUGGUGAUUAUAAAUUGACUGAAGAUGGCAUUGAAACACAGUUGUCUACAAAUCAUCUGGGUCAUUUUUAUUUGACGCAUCUAUUGUUGCCAGCGUUGAAAAAAGGCGGUACUUUCGAGGAGUCUGCAAGAGUUGUGAAUGUGACAUCCUGCGCACAUUAUCCAGGAAAAAUAUACUUUGACGAUAUUAACAUGAAGGAGCAUUAUGACACAACCGCAGCUUAUGCACAAUCUAAAUUGGCACAGCUCAUGAGUGCCCGAUACAUAAACAGGUUGCUUGACCAAGAAGGCUAUCCGGUCAAAUGCUACGCUGUUCAUCCAGGAAUAGUUGACACAGAUUUGUUCAACGGUACUCUCUUCCGGAGGCUGUUCCCUUGGGCUAUGAAGCUGUUCUUCAAAACACCGGCAAAAGGCGCCAUUUCAAUACACCACGCAUGUUUUGACAAAGACUUGGAGAAAAAGAGUGGAUUGUAUAUUAGUAAUUGUAUAGAAGGAAUUAGCAAUCGCUUCUCAAAGAAUGUUGAACAUCAGCAGAGAUUAUUUGAAAUCUCUUGUGAGUUGAUCGGGAUUGAUGCAAAUGAUUUUGGAAAAGAUUUAUGAUUGUUCUAGUCCAGUUGUAUAGAGAUGAAAAGUCUGUAUAGGUGCAAUUUAUAAUAUAUAAUAGUAAUGAAUAUUUUUGUAUUAUAUUAAAGGAAAAUAUAUUCUAUUGUUUACAUAUAA